UACACUUACUAGUAAUUAUCUCCCAAUAACUAAAAAAAAAAAAACUAUGUCUUCCUUUGAUGAUGAUGAUGUUCAAUAUGAUAGAGCUAAGGAAAUAAAGAAAUUUGAUGAUACCAAACUUGGUGUCAAAGGUCUAUUAGAUUCUGGUGUAAUGAAAGUGCCAAGAUUCCUCAUACAUUUAGAAGAGACUUUACAAAACCCACCAUCAUCAUUAUCAUCAUCAUUAUGCCUCAAUGUUCCUGUGAUAGAUCUCAAAGGCUAUGAUGAUGAUAAUGAUGAUGGGAUAAUUAGAAGGUCUAAUAUAGUGAGUGAGAUAAAAGAAGCAUCAUCAAAGUGGGGUUUUUUCCAAAUGGUGAAUCAUGGGGUCCCAAUUAGUGUGAUGGAUGAAUUGUUGAAUGUGAUAAGAGAAUUCCAUGAGCAACCUAGUGAGGUCAAGAAAGAGUGGUAUUCAAGGGAUCAUAAGAUGAAGGUGAGGUUUUAUUGCAAUGGUGAUCUCUUUGUUUCUAAAGCAGCAAAUUGGAGGGAUACCAUUGCUUUUGAUUUUCAAGAUGGUCCUCUUAAGCCUCAGGACUAUCCCCUAAUAUGCAGAAAUGUAGUGAGCAAAUACAUGGAACAUGUUAGCAAACUAAGGGAGAAUUUAUCAGAAUUACUCUCAGAAGCAUUAGGGUUAAGGAGGGACUAUCUUUCAAGCAUAGAGUGCAUGAAAAGUGAAACAAUGGUGUGCCAUUAUUAUCCACCAUGUCCAGAACCAGAACUCACAAUAGGAACUAGCAAGCAUUCAGAUCCGUCUUCCCUAACAAUUCUCCUUCAAGAUUUCAUAGGUGGCCUCCAAGUUCUUCACCAAGAUCAAUGGGUUGAUAUAACCCCCAUUCAUGGAGCAUUGGUUGCAAAUAUUGGUGACUUUAUGCAGCUUAUCACUAAUGACAAGUUCAAGAGUGUUGAGCACAGAGUGCUGGCUAGAAGAAUUGGGCCUAGGGCUUCAGCAGCAUGUCACAUUUAUCCAAGUGCUACACAUAGAAACAAACAAUAUGGGCCUAUAGAGGCUUUCACAUCCAAUCAAAGCCCAUCUAAAUACAAGAAGACCUCUUCAAAUGAAUAUCUCGGUUAUUAUAGGUCCAAAGGGUUAGAUGGCAAUAAGGCACUCCCUUAUUUUAGGGUGUAAAAAUUAAUGUGCAUCAUUAGCUAUGAAAAAAUGGUGAUAAUGUUAUGCUGUUGCAUCUGAGAUUUUGGUUGUUACAAUAUAUGGUAUACUAUGUCGCACUUAAA